UAGGCGGAAAUGACCAAGUAUCGCAACAAUUUACAAUCAUCAAAGCUACCAUCAGUUUUUCAUGAAUCGUUUCUUGAAUAUCUCUGUGCGUGUAUACGUUUCUCUAAUUAUUAAAAUAUGUUAUUUAACUUCGUCAAUCGCCUUCAUUUUUUAAAUGUCCAUACUUUAUCUUUGUUUUUUUUCUUUCAUUGUUAUUGCUUCAAUGAUACCGAAGGCAAUAUUUGUCAUCCAUUCAAAGAUCGUUUGUGUAAAGAUGGUACAUUAAAACCUUACCGCUGUAUUGGAAAUAAGCAAAUACCAUUAACUUGUGAUGAUCAGUCAACAUCACCUAUGCCCACAUCCACAUGCAAGAAGCUGAUGAUUCCAUUUGCUUUGAUACGCUUUACACAUCAUGUUAUUAAUGGUAAUGUACCUUUCAAGACUAAAGCUACAAUUUUUUGUCAUGGUAAGGAAGGGAAACGGAUGACUAUCACUUGUGAAAAAAAUGGAUGGAAUGAGAAAAUAUCGUCCAGCAUUUGCUCGUGCACUGUGUCAAAAUUACAAAAUUACAAAAUUGAAUUCAGUCAGCAAGUCAUAUCUGGUCACUGUCCAUUUAAUACAGAAGCUAGUGUUCAUUGCCAUGAUGGCACAGUCAAAAAUGCAACUUGUAUUGACAGUGAUUUAUGGAAUCCUGAAAUUGAUUGUUCUGAAACAACAGAUAAACCUUUAACAAAAAAAAUAUUAGAAAAUCCUACAAAUCCAAGCAAUCAAGUUUUGAAGAGUUCCAAAAAGGUCAAAGAACACCAUACAGAUGAGCAUACAAUCAUAAUUUUCAGUGUUACUAUUGGUGCUAUUUUGAGUGCCCUUAUUCUACUGGUUGUUGUUGUUUCAUGUCAGCGUCGAACGCUGCGCCUUCGCAUUACACGUGCACGAUUACGUCAUCAACAGGAUCAAGAUGCUUUCACUGCUUUCAUAACAUACCAUCGCGACAUACGUUUGAUGUUACCAUCGUAUGACGAAGCUAUGACGCAAAGUGACGAAGCCCAACCCCCCACCUUUGAAGAGGCCCUUGGUGAUGAUGAAUUGCCUAGUGCACACGUUGAUACUGCCAGUUCGACCAUCCAUAUUAUGCAUAAUGUUAGACAAGCUUCUAACCCAACUACUUCUGAAUUUAGAUCCAACCCAGAAAGUCAGUCCUCUCCCAUUGCCUCUGAAUGUGUCUCGGAUACAGCAUCAGUUGAUCAACAAUCAACUUUGCCGACCAACGAGAAUACCUUUUUUAGAAGUCUUCGGGCACUGUUUGGUGGUCGGGCCUUUCGCCCCGAUGCAAUUUAUUGCCGAUUUGUUCCAGAAGAGGAAGACAAUGGGUCAACUGAAACAUCUCCACAGACAAGAGAUGGUAGACCCCAGAAUAUAUCUGCCGAAGAUGAGCUUACAAAUAUGUUCACACAUGCUGAUCUCAAUUGAUAUAGUAAAUAUUUCAAUUUUCUUAAUUGCUCUAAAUAUUUUGACCUUAGGGUUUCAUCAGUUAAAACCGUUGCAAAAACAUUGUACAUAUUUACCAUGCAUACCCACUAUGGUCAUGCCUACACUUGAGGAAAUUCUGAACAAAGUAGUCACAAUAGCAGUUUGUAAACAAUGUUAUAAUGUAUAUAAACUACUAUAUAUACAUAAAUUCAUCAAUAUAUAUUGACUUGCAACUUUCCCAUUAAAAAUACGGAAGAUAAAUACUCAGUAAAAAACUCAACCUAUUUUCAGA